GUGUGGUUGUAGGUUAUCUUCGCGUGGGCAAGAUGGAGAUCUCAGUGCUGGUCGUCACGAACAAUCUUCCAAAGAGUAUCUCCGAGAUUCCUAUUUGUGAUCUCGGUCUGACCAUCAGUCUGAGGAUGGUAAGACGAGGAGAAGCGGAGCUGAGUGCCGUACACCUCGUGGAGCCGUCGCCAGAAUCGGCUGAUAAAGCGCGGGUCACGGUCAGAUAUGAUGCUCACAGGCACAAGCUGGAUGGAGUACUCGACGUCGCACGUCGGUGGGACGCCGGCGUACGAGAACGGCGAUGGGAAUACGUCAUGGUACUCUCAAAUGAGGUCACGAACUGCAGGCUCCAGGUCAUCCGUAUAUCGUGCGAGUUCCUCAGCGUCAGUGUCAGCGCGAGAGGACGGGGUGGACUUGACGGACGACGGAGGGUGGGAAGUAGAGAUGGGAGCCAUGGAGAUAGAAGGAGGAUCUGGCUCCAGAGGGAUGAGCUCCGCGUCGGGACAGGGUGGAUCAUAGUGUAAAAGAUCCGUAACGUUCACCAUAAAGAAAGUGACGUCGUCCUGUCGGAUGAAGUGAGCAAACAGUUGAGGUGAAGUGACAGUGAUAGAAGGAGAUGGUGUAGGCACGGAAGGCUCCGGGGGUGGAGGAUCGGGGCGUGGUGUCGCAGUGGUACCUAUGAAAGGUACGCGAUACAUCUGUUCACACUUCGUUUUGAGAACGAGAGUGUUGGUCGCCCAAUCGGCCUCCGUGCUGCGGAACCGACGAGACCACGGAGUACCGAGAAUGAAAUCGUACCCCGUCU